AUGGCGGAACAAAGUUUUGACAAAACGAGAAAACGAAACCAACUGGAUUUGAAAGAUGCUAGUGGUGUUCAUCACUUAUCACGCGAUAAAUAUGCAGCAAUUGCAGAUGAUACUUUGAAGAAAUUUCAAACUGGUUCAAGUAACACCCGCGGAAAUCAUCGGAAUGUCAAUUUACAACAGGAUCUUCGAUUUUCCAUUGAAAAUACAAUUGUUUAUACAGAAGAUGAUUUAAUAACAGAGACUUUAAUGAAAUCUUCAUCGUCACCAGUGUAUGAAAUUCGUCAUAGCACAACUUUACAAGCAGCUGAAUUAUUGGCAAGUGAAAUCGACGAUGAUAAUCGCAUCGGUAUAUUGAAUUUCGCAUCAGCAAAGAAUCCUGGCGGCGGUUUUCUCAAAGGUUCAAAUGCUCAAGAAGAAUCGAUAGCAAGAUCAUCAUCUCUCUAUCUCGCUCUGUCACAAGAUCGAAUCUUUCCUCAAUUUUACGGUUAUCAUCGACGAGAANACAGAUACUUCUGA